AGCCAGAAGCCAGCACGUGAGAUUUAAAAUCAAAACACAGGCAACAACAAGAGCGAGAAAUGUAUUAAAUUUGUUCUCCUUAACCCGCUAACUAUUUUAACUGAACUUUUGGAAAUCCCUUUAAUUAAUUUUUAAAUAUGCGAGCCCUGCCAUGGUUGUCUCUGCCCUUGAGGAGGUACUUCAGUAGUGAGAGAAACGUGCUGGGAUUGAGGAGAGGCAAAUUGUUUGAAGAUAUAUUUCCAAACGAAGCCAGAAAUGAAGUGUCUGCGCUUUUGUCAUCUGGUCAGCAGUGUGUUUACGCCGGCUUCGACCCAACUUCGGAUAGUCUUCAUGUUGGAAAUCUUUUGAUCCUCAUCAAUCUCUUGCACUGGCAAAGGGCUGGACACGACACGAUCGCCCUUGUUGGUGGUGCAACUGGGCUGAUUGGGGACCCGAGUGGAAGGUCCACAGAAAGGCCUGAGUUGGCUUAUCAAAAAGUGGAGGCCAACGCUGCAGGAAUCAGGGAGAACAUUGAGACUAUUUUUAAGAAUCAUCAUGAUUUCAUCUGGCAAAAGAAGCAACUGCCUCCUGUUCGAGUUGUCAAUAAUUUAUCCUGGUACAAAGAGCUGGACUUGUUGCACUUCUUUUCACGCAUUGGGAGACACUUUCGAGUAGGUCAAAUGCUCUCCAGGCACAGUGUAAAAUCAAGACUUGCCAGUGAACAAGGAAUCAGUUUUACUGAAUUUUCGUACCAAAUUUUCCAAUCUUAUGACUGGCUCCACUUGCUCAAAAACUACAACUGCAGGUUUCAGGUGGGAGGAAAUGACCAAAUGGGUAACAUCGUCUCCGGACACGAUCUCAUCGGUCAAGCUGAAAAAAAGAAUGUUUAUGGUCUUACAUUGCCCCUGAUUGUGUCUGAGUCGGGAAGUAAAUUUGGAAAGUCUGCUGGGAAUGCAGUUUGGUUGAAUGCAGAUAAAACGCCACCAUUUGAGCUAUACCAGUUCUUUGUUCGAACUCCAGAUUUGAACACGGAGAAUCUAUUGAGACUCUUUACGUUUUUGCCAGACGAAGAAAUAGAUAAUCUUCGGAAAAGUCUCUUAGAGGAACCGCACAAAAGAGCUGCUCAGGAGGCAUUGGCAGAACAAGUCACCCUCCUAGUCCAUGGAGAAUCUGGAUUGCGGACAGCACAACUGGCCUCCGAUGCACUUUACAAAGGAGACCUUGCAGCUCUAGAGCAGCUACCCUUGGAAAGCAUCAACAGAUUAUUUUCUGGAGCAAGUGUUUGCACCUUGGACCCAAAUAAGACUAGAACCAUAAUGGAGUUCGCUCUUGAAACUAAAUGCUACCGGGAUGAAAUAGAUGCAAAGCCCAGAAUAUCGGCAGGCGGGUUUUAUGUGAAUAUGCGUAGAAUGAAUGAUCCAAAUCAAGUAUUUCACCCAGCGGACUUCAUAUUGAAAAAUAAAAUUACUCUAGUCAGAACUGGAAAGAGGAAUUAUCACAUAAUCAACUGGACAUCUUGAUAAAAUACAUCGAAUACUUUUUUGGGCAAAAAAUAAAAACGUAGGUAUUUUAUUGAACAUAAGAAGCUUCGUCAGUUUCUUGCACACUCGGAGCUGCCGACAGAGUUUGGUAGUUGACUUUGAUGCUCUUCAGCGUGGCCAUGAUUGAGUGUAAGUGAGACUUGUGUUGCGGAAAGUCUGGCUCCAGAGAUUCAACGAUGGAGAUCAAGUUUGAGUGCACCACUUUUUGCUUCUCUGUCUCUGCUAUCAGUGAGGAUUCUGACUUGCACAGGGUUUUGUAUUUUCCAUCCCUGGCAUCUCCCAGUCCCCGAGCAACCUUUUGCUCGUGCACCAGUUGCUCUAAUUUCUGUCAAAUACAAUUUCUAUAAUAAUUGGAAAGGAAACGCUGAAAUUUUACCUCCUUCUUGAUGCUUCUCAAGCUGUGCAACCUGCUUCCAGUUGCCUUUAAAGGUUCUGCGAUUUUAUAAAUCUGAUUAUUCUUCUCCUCUAGCUCUUCCUCCAAACCAUUUAUUUCUCGCUCUAUCACUUUCAGUGAAACCUUGUCACUCUCAUAUUUGUCUAGUUUCUGAAUGUUUUAAUAAUCAUUUACAAUUUUCAAGUUUUUUAUGUAUUUUUGUA